GAAGGGGAGGGAAACUUCAAUUUGGCGUCUGUUGAAUUACUUAGACGAGCUCAGUCUGUCUGGUUCGCAGCACAGCAGAAGCUGUAUCUUCUUUGUUUUCAUUUGCCCUGUUUAUUUAAGGAUCGGUUCAAUGGAAGAUAAACCGACACGCGGAAGAAAGCGACUCACUGCCACUGGAUACAAACGGCGAUUCGCCAAAGACAAUCAGAAGCUGUGAAGAAUAAAGUGUAAGUUAUCUGCUGAGAGGAAACCAGCGUCAGUCAAGAACCUAAAAGCUGGGAGAUUGGGUAACUUAUAUGACAAAAGAUACACUUUUACGAAUGCAUUUCCAAACGCGAAAGCUUGUAUUCAUUGUAUUCAUAUUCUGUGUGUCACGGCAGGUGAUGAUGCGCUUUAAACUUUGUUUACAUGGAUUCUUUACACUGAAACCAAAUUUGAUUUGAGAUUUACUAUUCCCUCAUAUGUUUAGGCAUGUAACACUCGUUUUUUCUGCCUUUUAUUACUGAAUUCAGCACUGGAAUGUCUUGAUUACUAUUGAUGGACUGUCAGUGUUGAUAUUCAUAGCACUGAAGAUGGGAAGAAUGUAUGUAAUGGAUUUUGGGAAUGUCCUGUGAUUUGGGAAUGAUGAACAACGGACCCACUAUCGUCUACGAGUGGCUGAAAACGCUCCAGCUGUGUCAGUAUGUGGAGUCAUUUGUUGACAAUGGUUAUGAUGACCUGGAGGUGUGCAAACAGAUAGGGGACCCUGACCUGGAUGCCAUCGGUGUCUUCACUCCGCAUCAUCGGGAAAAGGUUCUCCGGGCCGUGGAGCGACUCCGGGAUGAUGACAAGAAGGUGGCACCAGGACUGUAUUUCACCCUUGAACCACUUCCACAUGACACGUGCCCUCAAAUUAGUGACUGCAAACAGAAAUGCACCAAGUCUUGGGUCAGUUCUACUUGGGACAGGCCCAGGAUCGGACUCUCCAAUGACUUCAAAGCUUUAGAGAACCACAAGGAGCCGGUGGUGUAUCCUAAACUCAAGCUGAAGAUAAUGAUAAGGGAUAAGCUGGUGAAGGAUGGAAUUGACCUGAGCAAAAUGCCCUACUCGUAUAAAGAUGGCUCUCUGGGUAACAUCGAGGAUCUGGCCCAAGAGUAUUCAGAGUAUUACAGCACGUCCUACAGUGAAGUGUGUGACCGAAUGGAGGAGUUACGCAAACGCAGAGUCACUCAAGAAGCAGAGACGGGAAAGGCUGAAUCAACAACAUCCCUUCAGCUGCGGUUGGAAAUCCAGGAGUCACUGGGUCUGUCUAGUGCCGUGUCCACACCUGAGGUGGAGAGAAGGCAAUCAAUGAACAAGUCCAGCUCUGAAGACGGAUCUGCAGGAAAAUGGGACAGAAAGAAAAACAAAUCGUUCUGGCAAAACUUCCGCAAGGCACAGAAAGGGAGCGUUCGAGCGACACCGAAAGGAGAGGACCUGGGCUUCGUGGCCAGUGAGAUCACGAUGAGUGAUGAAGAACGCAUCCAGCUGAUGAUGAUGGUGAAGGAAAAGAUGAUCACGGUGGAGGAGGCUCUGGCUCGGCUGAAAGAGUAUGAAGCGCAGAACAAGCAGUCCAACAGCGUGGACAUGACCGACUGGACAAACACACCCAGUCCCUCCAUGACCGAAUCCUACUGUAACUCUGAAGAUGAGCUGGAAGAGUCCGUCACCUUUCGUCGACUUCAUAAACUUGUCAAUUCAACUCGACGUGUGAGAAAGAAGCUCAUUAGAAUUGAUGAGACCAAAAAACAUGGCUCAAUUGACCCUGUGAGUCCUGAAGUGCUUCAGUCGGGCGAGGAGGGCGUCUCUCUGUACUCUGGGGUGCACAAGCGUCUGGCCGUGUCCCAGGGUGAUGGUCUGAGCUCCGUGCUUCAUAAACAGCUGUCUCUGGACAGAGACUCGGACAGUCUGACCCCGUCUCCCUCCUCCAGCAGCUUAGACACCUACAGCAGCCACAAGCUCUUCAUGGUCUUCAGUAAGUCCAGCAGCAGUCAGGGUCUGGAGCCCACUUCGGGACCCGGCGGAGCAGUUUCUGGGCUGGACGCAGGCAGCAGAUCCUCCUUCUCUGAGGCAGAUGGUGAACUCGAGCACAGGUUGUCCCGCUCCGUGACGGAUGGGGAGAUGAGACGAGCCCUGAGCCCUUCUAACUACCAUGGAAGGACCUGCAGCUUUGGAGGAUUUGAUCUCACAAGCCGAUCUGUGUACAUGAGCAACAGCGGCUGUGAGCCCACAAAUGAAAACGAUGAUAUCAGCAUGAGAGACGCGUCCAGAUCUCCGACACCUUCCCGUAUCUCUCUGGGGAAGAAGGUGAAAUCUGUUAAAGACACCAUGAGGAAACGCAUAUCCAAGAAAUAUAAUUGCUCUCCAUCGGAGCAGUCGAGCCCGAGCCGAGCUCCCAGCAGCCCACAGUCUCCUCAUUCGGACACAGACUCUCUGGAGAAACCCAAACUCAAGGCCGGAGGAUCGGUGGAGAGUUUGAGGAGUUCCCUUAGCGGACAGAGCUCCAUGAGCGGUCAGACGGUCAGCACCACAGACUCGUCCACCAGUAACCGUGAGAGUGUGAAAUCAGAGGACGCUGAUGAAGAUGAGCUGCCGUACAGAGGACCUUUCUGUGGCCGAGCGCUGGUCCACACAGACUUCACCCCGAGCCCGUAUGACACCGACUCCCUCAAACUCAAGAGAGGAGAUCUGAUCGACAUCAUCAGUAAGCCGCCCAUGGGCACGUGGAUGGGGCUCCUCAGCAACAAAGUGGGAACGUUUAAGUUCAUCUACGUGGAUGUGCUGAACGAGGAAGAGGAGAAACCCAAACGCAGUGUGAAGAAGAGGAGGAAAAGUCACCCUCCUAAACCGACCUCUGUGGAGGAGCUUCUGGAGCGCAUUAAUCUCAAAGAGCACAUGCCCACGUUCCUGUUCAAUGGGUAUGAGGAUCUGGACACGUUUAAACUGUUGGAGGAGGAAGAUCUGGACGAGCUGAACAUCAGAGAUCCUCAACACAGAGCCGUGCUGCUCACCGCUGUCGAGCUGCUGCAGGAGUGUGACAGUAACAGUGACCCGGAGCGCGCCGGAUCGUCCGGAGACUCCCAAGAGAAGCUUCUGUCGGAGAGCAGCGUGCCAUCAGCGGACUCUCCUCGGGACUCGGGCUGUUACGAGAGCAGUGAGAACCUUGAGAACGGCAAAGGCAAAAAGACGUCUCAUUUAAGCAGGUCCUCAUCAGGCUUCGAGUCCAGCCAUCUCUCCUCCCCUGAGUUUCCCAUCACACCCCUCUGCCAUUCCAGCAGGUUGAACCCACGAUCCAGACAGGACGGUCCACUUCCACUGCAGAUCGACUCUAUCAAGAGUCUUCAUCUGAGGAGAAACCAUGGCGUGCUCAGAGGAAGAUUCCUGAGUCGCAGCUGCGGUGCGCUUGAUCAGCCGGCCACUCAAACUGAGCUGAGGAAACUUUACUUCUCACUAGAGGAACUUCAUCUGCAAAGUCCUGAGAGAAAGCAGCCAUACGACAGCACUGAGGAGAAUCUUCUCACAACUGGCGAGUCUAAAGAGAUUGGAAACAGAGCUCAGCCGUCCUCAGUGGAGUAUGAUGAGGUGCCUGUAGAUGAUGUUCCUCCAAGCACACAGCGCAUGAAACCACCAGUUCCUCCAAAACCUCUUCCUCUGCUGGCAUCGAAGGGCUUUGACGCUGGUUUCAGUAGAAAGGAGGUUCAUACAAGCGUAUCUGAGUCAAACUCCUAUCCAGAAGUUCACAGGAUCUCCAAAUCGCUCAUUUACAGACCGGCAAAGAAAGUUAACUCUGGGAAAACACCCAGCCUUGAGACUUUAGUGGAGGAAAAGUUGUGCUCGGAUGGCAUUGAUCUCACAGAAGAGCCAUAUUCUGACAAGCAUGGUCGUUAUGGAGUGCCGUUCUCUCUGCUCCAGAGAUAUUCUGAAGAUCUGGACAAACCUUUGGGUGACAUUGCCAUUGUGAUGGAUCAGACGAGAGUCCACCAGCUUCUGAAGCAGCAUCGUAUAGCGAUCCCACUGAGAAGUUUGUCCGAGAUAUGUGUGAUUCCAUAACGGAUUUCAGAAGGUGUGGGAGCAGCUUUGCAGAGCGACAGAUGAUCGAAAGCACACUGAACUGAUUCCUGAUGAAUCAGCUGAAUGUUUUUCCAGCUUGCAUUCGUCCUUACCUGACUUUUUCUGUCAUUUUAGGAUUUAGACAGUACUGUAGAAACUGAAAUAGUUUGACUUUCAUGCGUGGCUGUGUUUAGAAUGAAGUCACUGAUGAGUGAUUUGUUUUUGAACUGUAAUGGUCUAAAUGCAACACAUACAUUUGUUGUGUAAUAUGUUUUGGAUAUAUUGGAUAGACCGUAAUUGUU